AAUAAAAUUAUGAGUUCCCAUUUGAAAUCAGAAACACAGAUCAAAAUACUGUCACCCCAAAACAAUUUUGUAUCGAGUCCAUAGAAUUUCAAACAGGAUUCCCAAAGAAAUACUGAAUUCGAAAAUGUUCAAAUUGCUCAUAGUAUGAGUAAUUCUGUAAAUAAUCUCACUCCUAUGAAAUUGCAAUAACGACCCAGGAAGAUAUCUGGCAAUCAACUUUCAGUUUCCAGAACAGAAAACAUGAUAAUCUAAUGUCAAAUAUGCGAAAAUUUAGAUGACAUGAAUUUAAUAUAACCUUGUCAAUGCGAAGUAUUAACGACUUGAUUUCUAAUUAGAACUUCUACCAUUCGACUUGUUUUAAGAAGAAACUGCUAGCAACAACUGGACCAUUUACAAAUGAUGUUACUACAUGUUCUAAUUGUGGAAUUGCAUAUAAGAUUAGAAAAAUAGAGGCUUAUCAUUAAAAGAAUUUUGUAUUCUUUUAAACCUUAGCAUUUUUAGAGCAAAUUAACAGAAUUGGUCUCCUUCUUAAUCAGACUCAUCAUCACUUUGGGCGGGUUGAGUGGUCUCUCGUAUUGGUUUUAUAAGGAAGUUUAGCAUCCCGAAGAGAUGUCUUCCUUAGUGGCUAUUAUUGUGUUGCUAAUACUAUUGCUGGUUCUUUAUUUGGUUUACAUGAUAUUGGAAUUGGUUAGAGGCAAUGUAGGGGUUGAUUGGGAGAUUCUUGAUCAGAGACAGGAUAUUGAUCACAUCAUCAAUCCAGAGGAAUUGAAUUUGAUAGAGAAUAGAGGGAGAGAUCUCAGCAAUAGUCAACGACCUUAGGUCAUAUAACAUAUUGCAAAUGUUUAAUAUCCUCAAAUUUCAACAUCAGAGAUUAUCUAAUGA